AUGACAACAACAUUUGUCACCGAGUCGAAAGGCGCGGUGGCUGAUUCUGGUAGUGACCGAAGUGACACCCAAGAAGAUCCGGCUGACCAGGUGGAUGGGGGAAUCCGCGCCUGGACGGUCGUCAUUGGAGCAUGGUGCUGUCUAUUCUGCGCCUUUGGCUGGGUCAAUGCCAUUGGCAUUUUUCAGGAGUACUAUCAGAAUAAUCAACUACAUUUCUACUCAUCGUCCAGCAUCUCCUGGAUCUUAUCGUUGGAGCCGUUUGUACUCUUCGCUGCUGGACUUGUCAUCGGAAGAGUAUUCGAUAACUAUGGUCCCAAGUGGCUCCUUCUUAUUGGGACUUUUCUUCACGUCUUUGGCCUCAUGAUGACCUCCAUCUCUACUGAGUACUAUCAAUUUUUCCUAGCUCAGGGCAUCUGCAGCCCGCUCGGUGCAAGCUUUGUUUUCUCGCCCGCACUAUCCUGUACUGCGACAUGGUUCGAAAAGCGACGAGCCUUGGCCUUUGGUAUCGUGUCCAGUGGCUCAUCGCUUGGUGGGGUCGUCUUCCCAACCAUGUUGUCUCGGCUCUUGCCUACUAUCGGGUUCGGGUGGUCCCUACGCAUCUCUGGAUUUAUCAUCCUUGCUUUGUUAGUAAUUGCCAACCUGACCGUCCGAUCAAGAAUUGUACCUGUCCCUCGGCCUGUCAAGUUGAGUGAUUACACGAGUCCAUUUACGGAAGUACCGUUCGUUUUGCUGGUGCUGGCAUCUUGUUGUGGAUUCUUCGCUAUGUUUGUGCCAAUCAACUAUGUUAUUCUAGAGGCCCAGGAGGAUGGAAUCAACCGCGACCUAGCCGGUUACUUAUUGACUAUACUCAAUGCCGCCAGUCUCCCUGGCCGAAUUCUACCAGGCUACUUCGGCGACAAAUUAGGCAGAUUCAACAUCAUGAUCGCUAUGUGUUCCUUGUCCGCCGUUGUUAUUCUAGCCCUCUGGCUUCCAGGCACUCUUCUCGCCCCGGGAAAUGCGGCCAUCUACAUCGUCUUCAGCAUGCUCUACGGAUUCGCAUCGGGUGCGUUUGUGGGCAUGGUACCCGCACUACUGGGCCAAAUAUCGCCCGACGUAACCAAGAUCGGUGUUCGCCAGGGUGUUUUGUUUACUUGCAUUAGUAUCGCAUCGCUCACAGGCAGUCCCAUUGCUGGAGCAAUCUUGAGUCAACAAAACGAGACAUAUUGGGGAUUACAGGUGUGGGCCGGUGCAAUGAUGGUGGCAAGUGUAUUUUUCUUCACUGCGGCUAGGGUUUUCCUUGCAGGACUGUCUAUCGCGAAAAAAGUUUGA